AUGGCAGAUCGAUUCCCAUCGUUGGACGAAUUAGGGGACCAGCCUGCACCAACAACCAGCACGCCGGCCGCGGAUAGCGAUGAUUUCCUGGCUCGAGAGCGAGCUGCAUUGGGGGACGAUGCCGACCAGUUCAUCUCCGCCAAUGAUCAUAUGAAAACCCCCACGGUAGCAGAUGCCGAAGACGACCUCCUAGGCGCCGGCGAGCAGCAUCAGGGAAUGGAUGAGGAGACGGCAGGCUUUGAGUCGUCGUUUCCAGCUUUAGAAUCGCAAAACGAGCAAGUCGCUCCCGGCGGGACAAUCACUGGCGCAGACACCUUCCAGCGUUCUUUCUCGACGUAUCAGGAACCUGAGGAGGAGUCGGAAGCUGUCCGCGAAUGGCGCACGAAGCGCGACGAAGAGCUCUCCCGGCGCGCCGCCAUCUCCUCGGAACGCAAGGCGGCCACCAUCAAAAAGGCGCAGGAGGACAUCGACGACUACUACGAAUCCUACAACAAGCGCGCCGACAAAGCCAAGGAGCGCACGCGCGCCGACGCGGAGGAAUUCCUCGCCAACCGCGAAGACACCGCCGCCGGCGGCACCAGCUGGGAGCGCAUCGCCAAGCUCGUCGAUGUCAGCGGCAAGGGCAUCAAGGGCGGCGCGAGCGGGUCGGGCAAGGAGCGCUUUAGAGAGUUGCUGAUGGACCUGAAGAAGGACCAGAGUGCCCCUGGGGUGAGCGGGCUUUGA